CAUUAUCCCACGACUGCUCGUGGUCUCAAACGUGCUCUUCCAACUGAAAAAUCUCAAAUUUAUAUACACAUCUAUAACUCCAUGAUUUAUGUGCUUUAUAUUUUCAAAACCUUUUCAACUUCAUAUUUCAUCUACUACAGUCUGAUUGCAAUUACUUUGCAAGUAUGGCCACACAAAUUCAUGAUAUCAAACAAAUAUCAUCCAACUCGAUGCAAUGGAAUCUCAAAGUCAGAGUGGUUCGAAUGUGGAUAAUGCCGGAUUGCUUUAACCCGCAAAUACCGUUUUCAAUUGAAUUGGUUUUACAGGAUUCUAAGGGUGAUCGUAUACAUGCUACAAUCGGAAAGUAUGUUCUUAAGUUUUUUAGGAACAAGAUACAUGAACUUCGCUUAUAUCGUAUGAACUACUUUGUAGUCGGACCAAAUAAUUUGAAGUUGAGGACUACGACACACAAGUUGAAGCUGACAUUUACUCAAAAGACAUUUGUCGAGGAAACAAAUGAUCCUUCAUUUCAUAUGAACAUCUUUAACUUGCGCCCUUUUCACCAACUAACAAAUGAACAUGAUGUCGAUGAGACAGAAUUACUCGAUGUUGUUGGUCAGAUUGUGACCUAUGAAGAUGUUAAGACCUACAAUCAGGGAGACGAUCAAAGUUUCCUUAUUAAUGUUGUACUCGAAGAUGAUCAGUAA